AUGAGAAAAAAGGGGACGACGACGACAAAUAGUGCUUGCGUACUUCUGCCUUCUAACAUUCCGAAAUGCUUUGGUGAACAUGGAAACAUAAAAAUAAAAUAUAUAGCCGUCUAUAUAGCAAAUCGUUUCGUUUGCGAUGCUUUGAAUGGGAUGACAACAAAAUAUUUUCUUUAUAUUUUACAUGACAAACUGAAAGUAUAUGUGUCAGUUCUGUUGGCUUUUGUUGAAUUUUACUCGCCUCACCAGCCUCAUGCCAAUUCCGCCAACAUAAAUAAAAGAAAUCAACAGAAAAAGGACAAAGUUACAAAAAGCAUCUACAUUGAUACGAUUUUUUUUGAAGUAAUCUCCAUUGAUGUUAUGAGUGAUCAAAAUGAGAAAAUGAAUAAAAGAAUAUAUGGUUUAUUUGAAGUCACUAAACCUGAUUGCAACCCUUUCUUACUCGCUAAAUGUGAACGAAAAAUGAAAAAAAAACUCUAA